AUGGCAAACACUGACGAUUCAACGUGUGAAAAUAUACAAGACUUCGUAUUGGCGAAAACAGGAGAAAGCCAUCAAGAACCCCAAGUAAUGCAGUCACUGUGGACCGAGGUUCGAAAGACCAGAGAUGUCGGUGUACAAUGUGAUCAAAGUCAAAUCGAAAGGAAAGAAACAUGCAAACUUGAGCGUGGAAAGGAUGAAUCAAGUGUAGAUAAAAAUGGCAUUGACAGAGAAAACAUCUCCUGUGUCGAAGUUGAAAGGCCCCAGAAGAGCUUGGUGGCACCUAAACAGGAUCAUUUUCCAGCGAUUUCAGGUAAGUUGAAAAUUGCUUCGAAAGAAACGGAAGACGCGAAUGAAUUGCAGAAGAGUGAGCUGGAAAUGGAAAUUCUGGUGCUGAAAAACAGACUUGAACAGGCCGAAAAAGAAAAGACAGAAAUACAAGAAAAACAUGACGAAGCCUUUUUAAAAAUUGUUAGCGACAACAAGAAAAUGAAUGAAAGUCUUAUCGAAAUUCACGAACACGUUCGACGAGAGAAGAUAGACAGUGAACGAACAAAGGUUGAAGUUGAGAUGGUUCUCCAACAAAGACAAAAACUGAUAGACGAGGUAAAAAAUCUUACAAAAGGUUUUGAAAUGAUGAUUAGUGAAAGAAAACGCAUGGAAAACGUCAUCGAAACAAGUAUUUCCGCUUUUGAUUGCAAAAUAUAUGUCAAGGAUGAAGAGAUUAGAAUCCUUCAAGAAACAAUCGAUAAUGACAGAAAACAGUUUUUGGAGGAACGCGAUGAAUACCUCACCGAGAUCCAAUCAUUGAAAUCCGAGCUUGUGUCGCGAGACCACGGAGAGGAAAAGAAUGCUCGAUAA